GGUGGAGACACUUUGUAUCAAACCCCUACUGGAAACGAAAUGCGAAAUUUCUGUUAGCUAAAAUUAAUUUUUUCCUUCAAAAUUUUAUUUUUAAUUAGAAUAUUUGUUUCGACUCUUAUUUUCAAGCUUUUAGGAGGGUGGAGGUAACUCAAUUAAUCCAGGCCAAGUGUUACCGCAUCAACGGAGUUCUGUUCAGAAGCUGCUUCGGUGUCGGUGUCCGUUUGAGCUGCUUUUCAGUAUGAAGGAGCUAGCUGACAUUUUUGCAGAAGACUCUGAAAACGACGCAACAUUUUACGGAUUUUCCGACUCUGAGCUUACAGAAAAGGGUGUUGAAGUUCAUGAAGCCCAGCUGGACAUGUCCCCUGAAGAACAGAAAGCUGCACCCCAACCAUCUGAUGCUCCUCAGAGGUUCAGACUGAGGGUUGUUCUGCGCCAUUCCUCUUUGUCCACAAAUAUGCAGGAUGAGGAGAAGGAAGAGGACGGGCGAAAGUCAAAACAGGCCAACAAGAUCAGGAACAAGAAGAAAGUGAAAUUUGAGGAUGAUGAGAAACCGCUGUCUCAUCCGUCUGCCUCUGAGGAAUCUGAUGUGCCCAACGGUUUUCUGGUGAAGAGAGAAGAGAACAUCAAGGCCAACAAAGCAAUGCUAGCUCAGCUGAUGGCCGAUCUGCAAAAGCUGCCUGGUGGACCAGGGCUUCUGAAAAAGCAAGAAGGCAAGCAGAAGAGAAAAGAGAGAAUUCCUCGCGCUCCACCCACUGGAAACUGGGAGGAAGUUAGGAGCAAUCCAGAGCGGGCUUCACGCCGACAGACCCGCUCUAUGGGGCUACGGGCAAAUCCUUCAGCUCCUCAAGAGGAGAAUGUGGAGCGCAGCCUGGAAGAGGAGCUACUGGAGGUGCGGCGAGCUCCAAGGCGCCGCGGGAAUCCUCGGCUGUCUCAGAGCAAAGCUCAUGCAGUUCGUCCUGUGGAGGACAUCACAGAAGAGGAGCUGCAGCUCGUUGCUGAUAACAUGACUGACAAAGUUUACAACAGUGUCACAGGCUCCACGUGCCAUCAGUGCCGCCAGAAGACCGUGGACACAAAAACGUGCUGUCGCAGUGUGGACUGCCAUGGGAUUCAGGGUCAGUUCUGCGGGCCCUGCCUUAGGAACAGAUACGGAGAAGAUGUCCGGAAAGCUCUGCUCGAUUCGGAAUGGAAGUGCCCCCCCUGUCGGGGCAUCUGUAACUGCAGUUUCUGCCGUCAGCGUGAGGGCCGUUGUCCAACUGGAAUCCUCUUUCCUCUGGCCCAGUACCACGGAUUCUCUGACGUCCAUUCUUACCUCAGCAGCCUCCGUGAGAAGCUGAAGUGCGAGGAGAGUAUGGGGAUGUGAGGAGAGUAUGGAGUAUUGUCUUAUUUUGUGCAUGACCCGCAUUUUAAACGAAUAAAUUGGUUUCUGACA